AUGAUGCGAAAACUGACCGCUUCGGUGGGAUUUGCAGCUAGUGCACUGGCUGUUCCAGCGCCUAUACAGACCACUUGUGAUUUGUCUUUUCUGCAAAAUGCCACCGACGCCUACAUCGGGGCUCAGGUUGCAGGGAAACCAUCGAACUUCAUUACUUCCGGCAGUUCUACCGAGUAUACAGAGAAUUUCAAGACCGCAGACUUCACCAAAGGAAUCGUGUCACAAGCACUGAAGGUUGAUCACAACCACAGUAUCUAUGACAAGACGGAGUGCUUAAGCUACACUGAGCUCAUCAUUACUGACUCAAACCAUCCCUCGGUGACAGGAACACAGAUACGUGUCGUUGACGGCGCCGUAAGCCACAUCGACACUCUCGUCACGGACAAGGGGGAUUGGUUGUUCAACGUGACCGGGACUCUGCACUGGGCAUCUCAGGAACAUUGGGACGAGAUACCGAUAGAGAAGAGAGAUAGUCGUCAAGUCAUUCGAGCCGCCGCGGACGCCUAUGCCGACAUCUUCAACAACAAGAGCGUUGUCGUUCCAUGGGGACAACCAUGUGCGCGGCUUGAAGGCGGAUCAUACACUGGCAAUGGUUCACCGAGCGACAGAUGCGAUGUCGGCAUUCCCACUGGUGUCAACAAUACAAACCGUCGCUACGUUAUUGACGAGGCAACGGGCAGUGUUGAUCUGUUCAUGACGUUUGCGAACAGCCUUCCCGACAGUCAUGAAUUCCGCGUCGAGGGAGGGAAGAUUCGAUAUGUGCAUACUUUGACGGUGAUGGGUAGCUAA